CACAUCAUCAACCACAUUCAGUUCAUCUCUCAUCUCAUCUUCUCUUUUCUUCCAAACCUUCCAACAAUAGCAGCGCAGGCGCAGCGACAAUAACAUCAAACAACAAAAAAUGAAGGCCUUUACCGCUACAGCAAUCUUGGUCUACUGUGCCACCUUGGGACAGGCUGCUCCGGUCGCAGCUCCUGAGCCCUUCCUUACAUUCGGCAACCCAAACUUUUUGCAGAACUUGAACGCUCGUGACGCCGCCGCUGAUCCAGGUUUCCUCAAGGGUCUCUCGUGGGGUGCUCAGCUUGGUUCUCUGCUUUUUGGCCUCGGUGGUAGCAACAACGACAAGCGCGAUCUUCAGCUCGUCAGUCUUUCUCAGAUCGCUGAUGAGUUGUCGAAGCGUGACGCUGAUCCACAAUUCUUGUCUGGCUUGAAAUUGGGCUCUCGACUUGGAGGCCAGCUUUUCGAUACCAACGACGAUGGAGAGGGUGGCAUUUUCCGCCGUGAGGCUGACCCGCUAUUCCGUACUGGCUUGAAGGUCGGCUCCCGAGUUGGUAGCCAGCUCUUCGAUAUUAACGACGAUGGAGAAGGUGGCAUUUUUCGCCGUGAGGCUGAUCCUCUGUUCCGAACUGGUCUGAAGGUCGGCUCUCGCGUGGGUAGCCAAUUGUUCGACAUCAACGAUGACGGAGAAGGUGGCAUCUUCCGCCGUGAAGCUGACCCUCUAUUCCGAACGGGCUUGAAGGUUGGCUCUCGAGUUGGCAGCCAGCUCUUUGAUAUCAAUGACGAUGGUGAGGGAGGCAUCUUCCGCCGUGAAGCUGACCCACUUAUCGGCGCCGGCCUGAAGGUCGGCUCUCGCGUUGGCAGCCAACUUUUCGACAUCAACGACGACGGCGAAGGCGGAAUCUUCAAGCGUGAAGCUGAUCCUCUGUUCCGUACCGGCUUGAAGGUCGGCUCUCGCGUUGGUAGCCAGCUCUUCGACAUCAAUGACGAUGGCGAGGGAGGCAUCUUCAAGCGUAAAGCUGAUCCUCUGUUCCGUACCGGCUUGAAGGUCGGCUCUCGCGUUGGCAGCCAACUGUUCGACAUCAACGACGACGGCGAAGGUGGAAUCUUCCGACGUGAAGCCCAGCCAGGCUUCCUGUCUGGCCUCAAAUGGGGUGCUCGACUUGGUAGCGAACUCUUCGACUUCGGUGGUGACGACAACGAUGACUAGGUGCAUCACGCCCGUUCCUUGGCUGGCAUCACGGCCGCCCACGAUGUUCUUUCACGAAUGUCUGGAAGUCAACAAUUUCUACAAGGCCAAGAUGCUGUAUCUGGUCCACUUGCGCGUAGAAUGACUUGAGCUGCUGGUUUCGGCAAGAGUUCUUUUCUGCGUUUCAUUGUAACGAAUUGGCAUUGCAAUGGGUGGACUCUUUUCCUUUUCUGAUUGAGACCAGAUGAGAUGAGACGACUGAAUGUGGUUCCGAUGUAUGAUUUGCUGUUUUUUUGUUUUCUCUUUUGGAUAGACCGAUUGGGUGCGGCGCUGGAGAUGGUACAAUGUGCGAGAUGGUUCCGUAGCCUGUGUAUCGAAUAGUGUCAUUUCAGCGAAUUGUUCUUCCCAA